GUGCUGAGAGCAGAAAAGAUGCAGAAGAGUUAGGUGAUGGAGAACAUCAUUACGAAGAUGAGCAAAGAGAUAUCAUCUCUCACUGACAUCAUCAGAGCCAUAGAAGAAGACAUGGGAGCUGAUGACAUCUCAUUUCUCCAGCGCUACAAGAGCACAGCACAAAAAGCUCAGUGUACAGUGCUGGAUCCAGAGCCGGUUUCUGGGACACUGAUCCAAGUGGCGAAGCACCUGGGCAACCUGAAGUUUGGGGUUUGGGAGAAGAUGCAGAGCAUGGUUCAAUAUACUCCGGUAAUCCUAGACCCCAACUCUGCCCACUGUCGCUUGUCUCUGUCUAAAGACCUGACCACCGUCAGGUUCAGUGAAGACAACCUACAAAUUCCUCCUGCCCCAGAGAGGUUCGACAGCAGCGCUGUCGUCCUGGGCUCUGAGGGCUUCAGCUCAGGGAGACACUGCUGGGACAUAAAGGUGGGUGAGAGCACUGACUGGGCCUUGGGCGUGAUGGCCGAGUCUGCAAUGAGAAAAGGAAACAUCAGCUCCAGAACCGGUCUGUGGCGGCUCUGGUACUACAACGGGGAGUACCGGGCUGGGUCCACACCAGGGGCGCCCACUCUCCUAAGAGUGAGGCAGAAACCCCAGAGGAUCAGAGUGCAGCUGGACUGGGAUUCAGGAGAGUUGUCCUUCUCUGACCCUGACAACGGCACACAUCUACACACUCUCACACACACAUUCACUGAAAAAGUCUUCCCUUCGAUAAAUGCCACAUGUAAAGUCUCUCCAGUAAAAAUUAUGCCUCUGAAGGCUUCUGUGACAGUUGCGUCUCUGAACUAAGACUGAGUAAUACAAACACCAUAUUACACAGACAAAAAUCAGUUGAAGGAGGAAAAAGGUUAUUCAUUCAAAUAAAUGGUACUCGGUAGGCCUAUCUCUUAUUGAUUUCUUAGUAGUCUUCAAGUAAUGCUGAAAUUAAUUUUCAGAUCAGAUGAAAUGAAUCUAAUUGAACGCAAAAUCAGCAAAUUACUAUCAUUAAGCACUUACUAGUUGUUGUGCACAGGGGUUGCUUUGAUUUUGUGUCUGGUUUAGUUCAUUGUUGGUAUUUAUUGAUAGAGGACCCAUCAUAAGUGUGGAGGGGGUUGAGUCUAGGACACCAGGUACCACUGUUGAGCCUUCUGGAGGUGUUGUGGGCCUAAUUCAAUGAUGCGCCAAUGAAGGAAGGUGCCUGCUUGAAAACCCGGGUGAAAUGCUCUUGAAGGCUGCUCUGUUGGUUGUAUGUUUGUGUUAGUUGUUUGUGACGUAUUGAUUUUGAUUUUGACAUAAAUAGGUUCGGUUGUAGAUUGGCCGCUGAGUGAAAUCCCCUAGCUAGCGCGAGGAUUUUAACAUUUCUCCUGUGUAUUUUAAAUAUAUACAGUAUAUAUAUAUUCUGAAUACAAUCCACAUUUCCUCUACUUCAGAGAAGCAAAAUCUUUUGAUCUAUUAUUUCCUGCCCUCACACACGAGACACUUUUUGGACAGAACUCAAACUUGGCUCAACCAUGGAAUUAAUCUAAAAUUAGUAACAAUUUGUCUGAAAAGUAAAGCUGAGGAAAAAUUCAUUUGGAAUCAAAACCAUCAAGGAACUAAACAAAUGCAGAAUUGAGCCAAUCGUGUGUGUGUGUGUGUGUGUGUGUGUGCCAUGUUGCCCUGUCUGUCGAGAGCAGCCUAAUCUGUUGCUGAGUGCAGACCCAAUGGCUGACCCUGUGCCCCCUCUGUCCCCUCAGUCCAGCUGCGGUUGUGCCACGCUGGCAGAAACCACAACAGCCCGCUCAUGCCUGAAUGACCUCAGUCAAUUAAACUGUGCUGAGAGAGGGGCAGAGUUACGGCAGAGCGCAGAAAUGUAGCACGGCUGCGCAAUAAACAAUGAGUGGAAAGGACACGCUUCUUUUUAGAUAAGCUUAGGGACAUUAGGCAUGCUUCCUGCACCCCCGUGGCUGCCCUCACACACACACACCACACACUCACACACACACACACGCAUGCACACACGCACACGCGCACGCAUGCACACACAAUCAUGCAUACGCACACACGCACGCUCGCACACAAACACACACACGCACACACACACACACACACACACACACACACACACAGGAUGAGGAAAGGGCUGUGCAUAGUGUGGUACUCUAUCUGAACUAGUGGAAGAAGGUGUGAACAACGUCAAGGCCAUGUGGUUGUUUCCCAGAGAUCACAUUUGCUGAUGAAAUAAUCAUGAUCUUUACU